UCACGCCUUCCAGAGAUGGAUCUCCCGUUUACUUCACAGGCACCGUCUUUAUCCAACAUUGUCUUGAUAUUUUAAGAAAGCAGAUUUUGCUGCUGCGUGAUUUAGGAGUGUAGAAGUGCGUACCUUUCAUUGGCAGCCCUUGUGCAGUAACGAUCGCGACGGGGCGGGUCGGGCUAGAGAAAACGGAGCCAUUGGCGGCGCUGUGUCAGUGUUUCCCGCAAGCUGCGGGAGUAUAGACGUGUAGGUCUGUAUCCACACCCACCUGCUACACCCACGCCCACGUGUCUACACCUUCACCCACCUCGCCUCUCACACACUCACCAGACGCGCCCCCUCACCAGCCACCCACCGAGGGCCAUGAACACCAUUCGCCGGUGAUCCCUAUAGUCUCAGACAUGACCUGCCUGUCUCAGGAACCUCCUCUCUGAACCUUUCAACCCCUCCGACAUUAACAAGCUUCCACCUUCCAAGGUGUGUAGUGAUGGCGGGAGGACAGGCGGCCAGCCUGGUGCUGCAGGAUGGCACCAGCUUCCAGGGACGAGUGUUUGGUGCGCCCGUCUCCUUCUCCGGCGAAGUUGUAUUUCAGACUGGUAUGGUGGGCUACCCUGAGGCUUUGACAGAUCCAUCGUACUGCGGCCAGGUGCUGGUGUUGACUUAUCCGCUUGUGGGCAAUUAUGGCGUUGCAGAUACUACCCAGCUUGAUCAAUAUGGUCUCAUCAAGUGGAUGGAGAGCAACAGGGUGUGGGCAGGUGGUCUGGUGGUGGGGGAGGUGUGUGAUCAGCCCUCCCACUGGGCCUCCAUCAAGACUCUAAAUGAAUGGCUACUAGCAGAGGGCGUCCCAGGAAUACAAGGCAUUGAUACUCGCAGUCUUACGAAAAAGAUCCGUGAGCAUGGGUCAAUGUUGGGGAAGAUUGUGGUUGAGGGAGGAGAAGACCCUCCUCUGACAGACCCUAACACCCUUAACCUUGUAAACACUGUCUCUAUCAAGGAACCCCGAGUUUAUAACCCAGAAGGCGACGUCCGUAUCAUGGCGGUGGAUUGUGGCUUGAAGUAUAAUCAGCUGCGAUGCCUAGUCAAGCGCAAGGCUCGUGUCACUGUUGUACCGUGGGAUCACCCGCUCGACCCAACUCAGUACGAUGGACUGUUCCUCAGCAAUGGACCAGGUGACCCACAGAUGUGUAGUACGACCGUGGAACAUCUCCGGUUGGUCAUGGCAUCGAGCACAACCAAACCCAUAUUUGGUAUUUGUCUCGGACACCAGUUGUUAUCUGUGGCUGCGGGCUGCUCUACCUACAAGAUGAAAUAUGGCAAUCGUGGGCACAACCAACCAUGCAUGCAUGAAGGGUCGAGGAGGUGUUUCAUUACGUCUCAGAACCAUGGGUAUGCUGUCGAUGCAGCAUCAAUUCCACAUGAUUGGGCUCCACUCUUCAUUAAUAAGAAUGACAACUCAAAUGAGGGCAUUGUCCAUCGUACUCUUCCAUUCUUCAGUGUGCAGUUUCAUCCAGAACACACUGCUGGUCCUGAGGAUUUGGAGUCUUUAUUUGACAUAUUCCUGGACCAGGCACGGCAGUCAAGUCGAGGGAUUACACGUGAAAAUUGGGACCUGCCGUCUGUGAUCACCAAUCACCUCACUUACAAACCGUUUGCUGAUGUGCCUCAGGCAGACAUUGGCCGACUGCCUAACAAAGUUCUCAUUUUGGGCUCCGGUGGACUUUCUAUUGGUCAAGCUGGAGAGUUUGAUUACUCUGGUUCGCAAGCGAUCAAGGCAAUGAAAGAAGAGGGGGUGGAAUCGGUCCUCAUGAAUCCUAACAUAGCAACAGUUCAAACAAGCAAAGGCCUUGCAGAUAAAGUGUAUUUUCUUCCUAUUACUGCAUCUUACGUUGAACAGGUAAUCAAAUCCGAGCGUCCCGACGGUGUCCUCCUUACAUUCGGAGGACAAACUGCCCUAAACUGUGGUGUGGAGCUAGAGCGGGCAGGUGUGUGGGCCAAGUAUGGAGUUCGAGUUCUUGGUACUCCGAUAGCAUCCAUUGUGCAGAGUGAAGAUAGGAAGAUGUUUGCCGAGGUGGUGGCCUCUGUAGGUGAUAGAGUUGCCCCUUCAGCUGCUGUGUACUCUGUGGAAGAGGCUCAUGAAGCAGCUGAGAGAAUUGGGUAUCCAGUGCUUGCUCGGGCAGCAUAUGCCUUAGGAGGACUUGGUUCUGGCUUUGCUGACAAUUCACAGGAACUGGCUAAACUAGCAACAUCAGCCUUUGCUCAUUCACCCCAGCUUAUUAUAGAUAAAUCACUGAAAGGAUGGAAGGAAGUAGAAUAUGAGGUAGUGCGAGAUGCCUUUGACAACUGCAUAACGGUGUGUAACAUGGAAAACAUUGAUCCUCUAGGGAUUCAUACAGGCGAGAGUUUUGUCGUUGCUCCAUCUCAAACUCUGACAAAUAGGGAAUACAAUAUGCUUCGCUCCACUGCCAUCUCUGUUGUCAGACGUCUGGGUGUGGUGGGGGAGUGCAACAUCCAGUACGCUCUUAACCCAGCUUCAGAGGAAUAUUACAUAAUUGAAGUGAAUGCUCGUCUGUCCCGCUCUUCUGCUUUGGCGUCUAAAGCCACUGGAUACCCUCUGGCAUAUGUGGCAGCUAAGCUUGCCCUUGGAAAGGCUCUUCCUGACCUAACUAAUUCUGUAACUGGGUCAACAACUGCUUGCUUUGAGCCAUCUUUGGAUUACUGUGUUGUAAAGGUCCCUCGCUGGGAUCUAUCAAAGUUUAACAGAGUCUCUACAAAGAUAGGGAGCUCAAUGAAGAGUGUUGGAGAAGUGAUGGGCAUUGGACGCAGCUUUGAGGAAGCAUUGCAAAAGGCUCUCAGGAUGAUGGAUGAAGCAUUACAUGGCCUUGAUCCAUACGUUAGUGAACCAGAUGAGGAGGAACUACGACAACCGACAGAUAAACGAAUGCUGGUCUUAGCUGCUGCCCUCAAGCAAGCAUGGGAUAUCGAUAAACUGUAUAACCUAACAAGAAUAGAUAAGUGGUUCCUAUACAAGAUGAAAAACAUUACUUCUAUGUAUGAUCAACUGGAAAAUCUCGGCGACGAAGAACUCGAUGAAACAAUUCUGUAUCGAGCAAAGCAGCUUGGGUUUUCUGAUAAGCAGAUUGGGAAAGCUGUUCAGUGCACUGAACUUGCUGUUCGAGCCCUCAGGGAAAAACAUGGAAUACUGCCAGGGGUGAAGCAGGUGGAUACAGUGGCUGCCGAGUGGCCAGCAACAACCAAUUACCUUUACCUUACUUACUGCGGCAAGAGUCAUGACCUUGCCUUCCCUCCAGGGGCCACUAUGGUUCUAGGAUCAGGUGUGUAUCGAAUUGGGUCAUCUGUGGAGUUUGACUGGUGUGCAGUUCAGUGUAUUCGAACACUCCGCAAAUUAGGCCACAGGACCAUUAUGGUGAACUAUAACCCAGAAACGGUUUCAACAGACUAUGACAUGUGUGACCGACUUUACUUUGAUGAAAUUUCAUUUGAGGUUGUUAUGGAUAUUUACAACCUCGAGAGCCCCCGAGGGGUGAUCCUGAGUAUGGGAGGACAGCUUCCCAAUAAUAUUGCUAUGGACUUGCAUCAUCAGAAGGCCCGCAUUCUUGGCACCUCGCCAGAGUCCAUAGACGGGGCAGAAAAUAGAUUCAAGUUCUCUCGUAUGUUGGAUCGCAUUGGUAUUUCCCAGCCGCAAUGGAAAGAACUAACAAAUCUAAACUCUGCUCAAGCAUUUUGUGAAGAGGUGGGGUUCCCCUGCCUUGUCAGGCCAUCGUAUGUUCUCUCUGGAGCAGCGAUGAAUGUGGCUCACUCACAUCAAGACUUAGAGACCUACCUCAAUCAGGCAGCAGCUGUUUCAAAGGAGCAUCCUGUUGUUAUUUCAAAAUUCAUCUUGGAGGCUAAAGAAAUUGAUGUAGAUGCAGUAGCAGCAGAUGGAGAGCUUGUGUGUAUGGCUGUGAGUGAGCAUGUUGAGAAUGCCGGAGUGCACUCUGGGGAUGCCACUCUCGUCACACCACCACAGGAUUUAAAUUCGGAAACCCUGGCCAAGAUUACCUCCAUCUGUGCUGCUAUUGGAAGAGCUCUUGAAGUCAAUGGACCAUUUAACAUGCAAUUAAUUGCCAAGGAUAAUCAUCUGAAAGUCAUAGAAACAAACUUGAGAGUGUCACGGUCCUUCCCAUUUGUAAGCAAAACUCUUGAUUUUGACUUUGUAGCUUGUGCUACCAAGGUGAUUGUUGGUGAGAAGGUCACACCCACUCAUGUUCUUCGAGGUGUUGGACGUGUUGGUGUCAAAGUCCCGCAGUUCAGCUUUUCUCGUCUUGCUGGAGCUGAUGUUAUGUUGGGAGUGGAGAUGGCAUCAACGGGAGAAGUGGCAUGUUUUGGAGAAAACCGCUAUGAAGCUUAUCUCAAGUCCAUGAUUUCAACUGGUUUUGUUAUUCCACAACGAUCAAUCUUGCUGUCAAUAGGUAGUUACAAGCACAAGAAUGAACUUUUACCAGCUGUUAGAACUCUGGCACAAAUGGGAUACAAACUCUAUGCAUCACUUGGCACAGCUGACUUCUAUUCUACUCAUGGUAUUCAGGUGGAGCCAGUAGAAUGGGCCUAUGAAAACUUUGGAGAAACAGCCACCAAGGGACAGCUCUCUUCCAUGGCUGAUUACCUUGCCAGGAAAGGACUAAUCUACAGCAUACGGGAGUUUGAUCUGGUAAUUAACCUGCCUAUGCGAGGAGGGGGUGCUCGACGGGUGUCCUCCUUCAUGACUCAGGGUUAUCGCACCCGCCGCAUGGCUGUUGACUUCUCCGUCCCUCUUGUCACUGAUGUUAAGUGUGCCAAACUCCUGGUAGAAGCUCUCCGUCUGAUUGGGGGAGCCCCCGACCUGAAGACUCAUGUCGAUUGUGUUACGUCUCGCAGAAUUGUCAAGUUACCGGGACUCAUCGAUGUUCAUGUGCAUGUCAGAGAGCCAGGUGGUACUCACAAGGAGGACUGGGCAUCAUGCACCGCUGCUGCUCUGGCUGGAGGAGUCACCCUCAUCUGUGCAAUGCCGAACACACAACCUCCUGUGACAGAUUUGGCUGCCUUCACACUAACCAAGGAGCUUGCAAGCAGAAGUGCCAGAUGUGACUAUGCCAUCUUUGUGGGGGCAUCGUGUGACAAUCAUUCCACUGUGGCAGAGUUGGCGCCUCGUGCAGCAGCACUCAAGAUGUACCUCAAUGAAACUUUCACAAGUCUAAAGCUGGAUGAUACAACAACAUGGUUAAAGCAUUUAGAGUCGUGGCCGUCGAGUGUGCCAGUGUGCGUCCAUGCUGAAGGUCGGACUACAGCCGCUGCUCUCAUGAUGGCUCACCUCGCUGCUCGCCCUAUUCAUGUGUGUCACGUUGCACUCAGAGAAGAAAUUCUUCUUAUUCGUUCUGCUAAGGACAAGGGAAUGACUGUGACGUGCGAGGUGUGUCCUCAUCACCUCUUCCUCACAUCGGAUGACCUAGAACACCUAGGAUUAAAGGGAGAUGUACGGCCAAGUCUCGUCUCCAAAGAAGACCAGCAGGCCCUUUGGGAUAAUUUGGAUGUUAUCGACUGUUUUGCUACAGAUCAUGACAGCUCAGAUGAGCUGCAAGGACAACAACAGGCCCCACACACUUUAGAGGAAAAAACUGGAACAAAAUCACAUCCCGGUUUUCCUGGUUUAGAGACCAUGCUGCCACUUCUUCUGACAGCAGUUACUCAGGGAAGGUUAUCAAUGGAGGAUCUGAUAAAUAAGUUACACCACAAUCCACGGAGAAUCUUUCACCUGCCCCGCCAACCCAGGACUUAUAUAGAAGUUGACUUAGAUGCUCAGUGGACUAUUCCAGAGGCUCCUCCAUUCAGCAAGGCUCAGUGGACGCCUUUUGCAGGCAUGAAAGUUACCGGACGUGUACAAAGGGUUGUGCUUCGAGGAGAAGUUGCCUACGUGGAUGGGCAGGUUUUAUUGCCUCCUGGCUAUGGGGAAGACGUGCGGGAGUCUCAGCCACUUUCUCCUGCGGCUGCCUCGGCCUCGUCUGUGACCGGAGGUCCGGUCUUCCCUGCCCCUCACUGUACUCAUCCCUCGAGCAUUCCACUCUCGCAUUCUCAGCAUUCUGUUCCAAGUUAUGGGGGCCACAAAAUUACAAGUAAUGGAGAAAUUCCGACACCAGUGGACACGGUAACAACUCCUCAGCUGAAUUCUCCAUCUUGGAAAGGUGGACAAAAUAUCCAUCGAACUUCAGAACUGUACAGUGAGAUGUUAAUGGAGUUAGGAGUUGGAGAUUUUGGAGAGAGGAAAGAGAUGCCCCCAUCUCGACUCAAGGGAAGAGACACCUCGCCCGUCCGUCCCUUGCCAGCCAUCCCCUCAGGCCUUCCAGGGGUCACUUCUCAUGGACUUCAAGGAGAACAUUUUCUGAGUGUUCAAGGCUUGAGUAAGGAUCAGCUUAACCAUAUCUUCAACCUGGCCCAAACAUUCCGUGUGUGCAUCAACAAAGAACGACCACUGGAACACAUUUUGAAGACUGGUAUGGAAAAGUUACUUGAGGGCAAGCUGUUGGCACUGAUGUUCUAUGAGGUGUCAACCCGAACGCACUGUAGCUUCCAAGCAGCUAUUCAGCGCCUUGGUGGACGUACAGUAACAAUGGACACUAACACGUCUUCAGUCAAAAAGGGUGAAAGUCUUGAAGAUUCUGUGAUGAUGAUGUCUGGGUAUGCCGAUGUGGUUGUGAUCAGACACCCAGAACCAGGAGCAGUUGCUGUAUGUAUUGCGUGUAUUACUGUAAGGUAACAUAGACUAUUAGACAGUGGCGUGUAUUCUUAAGAAGCAAGGUAAACAUUACUGUAAGGUAACAUAGACUAUUAGACAGUGGCGUGUAUUCUUAAGAAGCAAGGUAAACAUUACUGUAAGGUAACAUAGACUAUUAGUCAGUGGCGUGUAUUCUUAAGAAGCAAGGUAAACAUUACUGUAAGGUAACAUAGACUAUUAGACAGUGGCGUGUAUUCUUAAGAAGCAAGGUAAACAUUACUGUAAGGUAACAUAGACUAUUAGACAGUGGCGUGUAUUCUUAAGAAGCAAGGUAAACAUUACUGUAAGGUAACAUAGACUAUUAGACAGUGGCGUGUAUUCUUAAGAAGCAAGGUAAUAAUAAUGUAUAUUGAUGUAAUAAUAAUACUGUAAUUCAUUGUCAGGGUACAGGAAGAGUAUUCAUACAUGGUAGACUUAUAUUAAGCCUCCCCCCAGUCCGAAUUACUGACCCUGCCCAGGAUGCAACCCCACACCAAGCUGACCAACUCCUGAGUACCUACUCACUGCUAGGUGAACGGAGGCAUUAGGCAAAAGGAAAUGUUACCAGCCAUUUCUGUCCCACCUUAGAUUCGAAUCCGGAAUUCUUGAUUGUGCGUCACGAACAAACCCAACUGUACUACCGGGACCCUUUUUCCAGACAAUGAUGUUUACAAAUUAUAUAUACUAACAUGAGCUUAGGGAUGAAUGUUAAAAUAAAACCAAGCAUUGAAUGUAAUGAAUAGCCCAUUUUUGAUGGUGUCUUUAUGGCUCCUCGAACUACCCACUUGGUAAACCCAAACCAAGUUCUUAGAUGCACGAGCACCUACCAGAAACCAGUACUGUACCAGGGUCUGUCCACCUCAAUAGAAACUAGAGUCUGUGGGAACUAGAUCACAGUUCAUUAAUUUGAAGGAAAUGUACAGGAAAGGUAGAACACAACAAAAUAAGCCACUGCAUGGACAACAUUGGCAACCCUUAAACAUGAACUCAUUUCUUAGCAGUAAGCAAAUUAUUAUUAUUAUAAUUACUAACACAUGCUUGCCACCAGAUAGCAACCCCAGCCACCUGAAGAUACCGACUAGCCAGCUACCUCCACAAACUGCCUAUGAAACAACCCAUGAAUAUUACAGGAGCAGGAAAGGGUAGGAAUGGAAAGCCGCCAAGGGACCCACCAGUAAAAAAUUAUUUCAUUACAUUAAAACACUGGAUUUCUGAGAGGGCUUCCCCUCGGUGGCUCCCUGAGCUGUCUCACCAUAGGCAAUAACAAAAACAGGGUUGCACUGUAGGAGGAAGUGGGUAACACAAGUAACUUGAAUGAGCAUCUCAAGAUAAUAACAGGGACCAAGCUGAACGCCAGAGUCCACGAGCCCUUAAAUUUCACCCAAGACAUAGAAGAGAAGAAAGCAAAGAACACUGCUGAAUUUUGGAUGAUGUUGACCUGGGAACAAGCAACAGGUAGGUUAAAGGCAACCACCCAUCGAACCACCUUUGACAUCCGGGCUCAAGCAUGCCAGAAAUACAAAUAAGGCAACCAUCUGAACCAAAUGGGUGACCCCACCCCACCCCACCCCCUAGAGAAAUGGCUAACCCCACCACCAGACAGAACAUGAGGAACCCCCAGCUAGAGCAAGCAAGCAUCAGACCAAGAGAGCCUCUCUGGAAAGCAACUAAUACUCAACGAGAAACAAAGGUGACAGCAGGAGUCGCAAAAAACAACCACCAGAAAAGAAUAAAAAAAGCACUUUCAGACAAAAUCAUAAAACUCCCCGAUCCUACAACAAAAAUGAUCAAGAAAAGAAUGAGCUGACCAGAGGAGAAUGAGUCUAAAGGAUCAGGUCCCUAGUGAAAAGCCAAAGCAACUGGGAAGAAGAACCACACAGAAAAGGAAGGUGGGAUAGAGACAGUGGAAUAAAAUCCCAGUGGCUGAAGAGGGCAGUGGCAACAGCCCUACAGGAGAAACAUUGGUGUACUGCCAGGGAAAUGUAGAAGUGCACACAAGUAUCACAAAUUCUAAUGAGAAAAACUCAGACAAAAUCAGGUAGCCACUAAAGUACUCAAAGGCCAACGAGUAACCAAGAGCACUCACAUAAUGGAAGGAAGUGGCUAGACCUGUUCUAGGGUACAGACAAGACAAACCAUGUUCUAGGGCCCUCGAACAAAACUUCAACAGCUGACAAGGAACCAGAAAGCUGUCAACCCAAAAAGGACUACGAACUAUGGCUCGUAGUCUGGCAGGGUGCCCAAACCCACACCAACCCCAUGACCUAUAAAACCAAGGAAAGGGAAGGUGAAGCUGCAAAAGAACCUAGGGCUGGAACACUCGCACACAGUACAACCCUGAAAAAGUUUACUACUGCAUACCCCAACCACCAGACUUGCAGAGCAACUAAAGCAUGUGCAGUACCUGGAACAGGACCUUUCAAAAGGAGGUAAACACCCAAUAGUGGGUUGCAAAACUGUCUCGGUAGAUUGAAAGAAGCUUUCAGAAGACCGAAAGCAGGGGUAACUCGAGAAAAGAACAAAACACAUGCCACCUUGGCAAAAUGCAGGUUUGGGCACAUGCAUCAGGAAGGCUAAAAUAUGAAACCUGAGAAAUAAACACAAAGACUCCUGCACUGUGCUAGAGUUCGAAGUCCAGCUUUAUUCUCUUCAAGCUCAGUCCUUGCCCGUCAAUUCAGUAGCAUCAGGCGUAUUAUUGAGAAAGCCAGCUGGUCGGGUCUUGGUUGGCCAAGGCUGCUAUCUACUUGGUGGCAAGCUAGUGUUAACUAGCAGUAGUUUUUCGGUGCUGUGCAUGUUCAUACCAGGGCCACCAAUUUUGUCCAUGCAGGUGCUUUUUGCCGUGUCUUUCCAGGUGCCCUCUGGUGGGUUUUCCUUCAGGUUACUGUGAUUUGUCUAGUAACCCCAGACUCCCUUUACCUUUGUUGAGGGGAAUGGGGCAGAUUGUGAUACUGGCUACUUGUAGAAACUUGAAUUUUUGAGCCUGGUAUGGUAUCCUGGAUUAGGAGCUUUGUUUUGAGCCUGGUAUGGUAUCCUGGAUUAGGAGCUUUGUUUUGAGCCUGGUAUGGUAUCCUGGAUUAGGAGCGUACCAGCUGGAUAGCUUGGGGAAUUACCAAGGAAGACCCCUCCCUAAAACUUAUGAUGCUAGUUACAUGAAUUAAAGAAUUUAAAUUAAUUAUAGUACUUUUAAGAUUUUAAUGUAAAGCAUAUAUUGCUUAUGUGAAACUAAUUAUUAUAUAAUGACUUUCCAGCGCGCAGCAGCUGUCAGUCGUCGUCCCGUGAUUAAUGCU